GCGCCUCCCAACCUGGGCAUGCGCAGUGAGGCGCUCCUUCCCCGGGCGCUUAGCGAGGACGUCGUCCGCUGAGGCGGCUGUUUCGUGCUUUCGUUGCCGCCAUGGACGACGAGGAAGAGACCUACCGGCUGUGGAAGAUCCGCAAGACCAUCAUGCAGCUCUGCCAUGACCGUGGCUACCUGGUGACCCAGGAUGAGCUGGACCAGACGCUGGAGGAGUUCAAGGCCCAGUUUGGCGACAAGCCCAGCGAAGGGCGGCCCCGGCGCACCGACCUCACCGUGCUGGUGGCCCACAACGACGACCCCACCGACCAGAUGUUCGUCUUUUUCCCCGAGGAGCCGAAGGUCGGGAUCAAGACCAUCAAGAUGUACUGCCAGCGCAUGCAAGAGGAGAACAUCACCCGGGCGCUCAUUGUGGUCCAGCAGGGCAUGACGCCGUCCGCCAAACAGUCCCUGGUAGACAUGGCGCCCAAGUACAUCCUUGAACAAUUCCUUCAGCAGGAACUUUUGAUCAAUAUCACUGAGCAUGAGCUUGUCCCCGAACAUGUCGUCAUGACCAAAGAAGAGGUGACGGAGCUCUUGGCCCGAUACAAGCUGAGAGAGAACCAGCUUCCUCGGAUACAAGCCGGGGAUCCGGUGGCACGCUACUUCGGGAUCAAGCGAGGACAGGUGGUGAAGAUCAUCCGUCCCAGCGAGACAGCCGGCCGGUACAUCACUUACAGGCUGGUGCAAUAGUCAGGUAUUUUGGACCCGUUUGCCUCCGGCUUCCCUUUCUUCUUUUGCCUGACUUUGUGAUGCCAGGAUGGGCCAAUUGUGGCCAACAUGUGACUAUUUUGAGCAGCUUUUGGAACCUUUUUUUACCCAGUCGUGCCGGAGGACCUAGAGAUUGCCUUUGGUCUCGGAGUGAGAAUGGGACUAAUUCUAAAUUGGUGGACGCUAGGUAGUCUGGAAAGACUCCUCUCAAAUGCAACUUCUUCUGUAAUAAAGUCUUGGGAUGUUUUGGA